AUGUCAGAACUCAAUAGCCCUAUGCGUAUAUGUGUUGAAGCCAAAACUGCGACAGCUCUGCGUGACCAUGAGCCCCGAGUUCUCAAAUACACCAAUAAACUCCUAGCCGACAUUGAAGUCAGUGCUGAAACAGAUUUCAACGUGUUUCUUUGGUUCAACUUCUACAAUUUCGAUGUCAUGGGUGAUUUCUACCUUGUUCACAGCUUCUGCAUGCUUGAGGGCGGCGUCGAACACUUCUAUAUGAACGCCCUACACGACAAAAUAAAAACUGUGGAAAGAUUCACAAAUAUAAUUUGCGCGCUGCGACUCUAUCGUAGCAUGUCAAUGUGGAACAUCGGCGUCACCGCUCGUGCCAUGGAGCUCUGGAUCAAUCUCGUUGCCCAACUCGUCCACGGCCUUCUUGAUGUCAAAUGUCGCCAAGAGACUUGCAACGGUGAUGAAGAUGCUCUCUGGCGCGACAGGAAACCACCGCUGGAAGAUAUCGAGGGUGGCUAUUCUUUCGUGAAAAGGAAGGAGUCCACUGUGCAAUUUGUUGUCCAUCAGCUAGAUCCUCGUGGCAACUACCCUUCUCUGGACGACAUUGAGCAGUCUUACUUUUCUGGUCAUAGCCUGCAAGAUAUCAAUCUCUGGAGUGUCCCUGGUUUAACUUGGGGGGAGGAGAGUCCAGAGGCCGACCCAGACAACAGCCCAGUAGUCGCAGCUGAUUUCACUCGUCAGCUUCCUGAAAACUGUCACGCGGUUACACGCUCGACUAAUUUCCCCAUUUGCAACCCCGCGAACGUCGACGUCUCGCGCUUCACCAAGAAUCUGCCAGCAGAUAGCCUCGUCAACAGACCUGCAGUUGCACCAAAGCAUCCUGAUCACAAGAUGCAGCAAGCUGUGCUGUUCCAUUUGCCCAAAAGCAAAGCUGACAAGCUGAAGAAGCUUGCGAUGCCAACAGGUACGGAGGCUCCCUGGAUCUCAACAUACGACGCCAUGUGCGCAUACGUCUGGCGGAUGCUGUCCAAGAUACGCGCUCCUGUCUACAACCCUGAUUCUUCCAGCCCCCUCUGGUGGGGCAAAGCGGUGAACAUGCGACCUCGUUUACACAACCCUGCUGUUCCAGACCGACUCAUGCGUGAUGCUGUUGCAGGCGCAUUUUCCGACACCGCGCCAGUGCCGCCUCUUCCGCCUGGAGAGGUCAUCUCUGACGCACCGCUUUCGAAGCUGGCAAGCUAUAUCCGAGCGUUAACGGAAAGCUGCACUGAAGAGCAUGUGGAACGCCUGAUCGAUUUCAUAGCGCCCAUUAGAGAUAAGCGAACAAUCAGCUUGCGUGUUGAUUCGCACCCGCCAAUGAGCAUGUUCUUUACCGACCACCGCUCUGCUGAUGUCAGUAGCUUCGACUUUGGAUUCGCGAAACCAAUCACAUAUCGACACAUGUGGGAAGACCUGCUUACGGCAGGCGUGGUCCUGAUCUAUGCGCCUGUACAGUCGUCCGGAAACUUUUGCGAUCGCCAUGGAGAAAGACCUGGUUCCAAAGUAGAGAUUGUUGGUACCUCUGGCAUAGGCAAAACGCCAUAUGAAUAG